CCUCACUCCUCGCGCCAGUUCCAGAGGUGUGCGGGAGCCAUGGCUGCCGCCAACCCGUGGGACCCAGCGUCCGCGCAGAGUGCAGCUGGGUUACUGCUGAACCACUUGGUAGCUUCGGGGAUAGUCACUGAGGAGAUAUUAGAUAUAUCUAAGAAAAUGGCUCCUUGCUUUGUGAAUUUUUCCAGAUUACAGCAGAUCUCAGAUAUUCAAGCUGAAAUCUACCAGAAUAAUCUGGAAAUUGAACUUCUGAAGCUAGAAAAAGAUACAGCAGAUCUUAUUCAUCCUUCCUAUUUGGUGGAGAAAUGUGAUGUUCUGCAAAGCAUGAAUAAUCAUCUGGAAGCAGUGCUAAAAGAGAAGCACGCCAUCAGGCAAAGACUGCUGAGACCCAUAUGCCAGGAGAGCUUGCCAUUGGAAGCUGUUUAUCACAGAUAUAUGGUGCAUAUGUUGGAACUGGCUGUGACUUUCAUUGAGAAGUUGGAGACUCAUCUUGAAACAAUUAGAAAUAUCCCUCAUUUAGAAGAAAACCUAAAGAAAAUAAGCAAAGCUCUAGCUAAGAUGGAUAUUUUGGUGAACAAGACAGAAGAACUGACAGAGAAUAUUCUCAAGUGGCGAGAACUACAAAAGGAAAUUUCCCUGUAUAUCCCCAAAAUGCUAACUGAAGAAAGUCAUCUUCAUGAACUUGAUAUAGUGCCUCCUUUACCUUUUUUUCUUAAGGCUUACACUGAAACCUCUAAUGCCAAGUGAUGCCAUCUUUACUUUCGAUUUAUUACAUGCAGUCAAAGAAGUCCAUUUCUAGAUUGUUAUGACAGGGAUAUUGAUAGGUUUUGUUGCUAGCAACACUGAAAGAGCCUUCUUAAUAUUGGAAUAGCAGAGCCAGAAAGAUGUCUCAGUGGGAAAAGCUCCUGCUUCAAGCCUCACGGCCUGAGUUCAAUCCCUGGGAUCCAUGUAUCAGAAGAGGAUCACAGAUUCCCACAGAUAUUUGAUCCUGUGAUGUCCACACAUGUGUCAUCAUAUGUAUGUACCUAUACACACAAAAUAGAGAAAUGAAAGUAAGAGAGAGCACAGUGGAGUACCAGAAUUUUAGGUUCAUUAGGAUCAAAUUGACCUUUUUUACAUGUUUUCACUCUCUUCAGUGAAGCUUAAAAUUGAUCAACUAUAUGUAUGAUAAUUUAUUAUAAGCGAGUUGAACAUUCUUCAGAUAGAAGAUUUUGUAUUAUGAUACUGCAUUACAUCUUUUAAAAACAUUUCUGAAUUGAAAUGUUCCUGAGUCUAAAACUGUCAUGAUUAUUCCUGUGAGGUUGAAGAAUAGCUACGCACCAGGACUGUUAUCCUUUGAAGACUUCAUAAAGUGGUGAUUUCUUAGCUGACCCAUCUAGAAACUUCUGUAAUAAGAGGAUGAGAAGAGCUCAAUGCGAUCAGACUGUACAAUGUAGUUUGUGUGGGAUACUUUCUUUCCUUCUGAGAGUCUAGGAUGUUGGUUCAUACCAAGUAGAAUGUACUUUUGGUCCUGGUCCCUGGCAGCAUUGCAGAGCACCUCAUCCCUAAUAGUUUUGGUGGUAGAGAGCAGUUAACAAAUGUAACAGUUGAGUUGCUGUGCUAAGUCACAGCCGUGAGUGUGAUGACACUAAGUCUCAUAACUCCUCUUAGCAGAUCACUCACUGACUUGGUUGUAUUCUUAGGACUGCCUGGGAAAUAAAUGCUGUGGAUGUGUGCUGGCGGACUUGGGGCCAACAGAGAAGAAACACUGUCUUCUUUAACAAUUUAGAAGUUUUUGUUUUUGUACUUCCUAUAUGUAGCCAAGGUAGAACUUAAACUCACUGUGUAGCCCAGGCUGGUCUCAAACACAUUUUCCUUGCCUCAGCCUCCCAAGUGCUGAAAUCACAGACAUGUGGCAUCAUAUCUGGCUAAAGUUUAGAGGGUUGUAAUGGAAAAUACUGAUAUAUUUUAUCUACUCUUAGGGCUAUUCUUAAGAUGGAAGCUAGUGUACUUAAAGUAGAGAUUGUAACAACUGUCCCAAGAUUUUCUCAUUUAUAUCAGUACUGUAAGUACUUCUGCCUUAUGUUUAAACUGAGAUCUGUUUUCCUUUAAAAUGUGUGCAUCAAGAUUUCCUUACUGUUGCAUUCUGCACUGUGGGAGUUUAGCGAACCUGCUCAUCAUACUCUUGGUGGAUAGUAAAGUAGAUGUUCACAAGGAAGCAGGAUCUUUACCCCCACAGGUCCCUGUUAAAGCAACAGAUGAUUGUCUUUACAGUCUCCAGCCUUUAUACAUGUGCCAUACAAGGAUGGUGUGGAGAUUUUGAUCUUCACAUAGACAAGUCAGUAAAGUCCUUAUUUAUAUUUCAUCUCAAAUCUCCUUUAACAUCUAUUCAUUUUCCUUGUAUGAAUUUUUGUGUAUUUUAUGUAUAAACAUAUUCAUUAUUUUGUCACUAUCAGUGUUCUUUGUAGUUUUGUAAUCUUUAUUUCUAUUAAUGACUCAAGCUGUAAAAAUAAACGAAUUUCAACUAAA